ACUAAACUGCGUAACCAACCACACGAGCUCUGGUUUCCAUGUCCCGUCCGCCUACACUGCCGCCGGUGAGUGCCCCGUUUUCAGUUUCAGUGUCUGCGGAAUCAGAGCCGGGGUUUUCGCACGCGGGGGAGCACUCGGAGUCUAAUCUCUUUCGUGCAAAUUUGGUACGAGCUGGUUGGAAAGUCCGAACCUUUUUCGGGGUAAGUCCGUGUUCCAAACAACCGUUCUUCGAUUCGGAUUUCAGUCACCUAGUCGAAUUCGGAGUGAGGGAUCCCUUGAUUCCGUUGCUGAUCUAUAAAUAUGGAGCCACGAAGCUGCCCUCGGUGUGCUUCUCCCAAAGAUCGAGUUUUGGCCCCCGCGGCAGGAAGCGACCGAUUCAUCUUCCGUUCGGGAGAUCCUGUUUUGGUUUGCCCCAAUGAAGAUGUGCAACAGAGACGGGGUGAUGAGCCUAGGCUGCCUGUGCCGUCUGGUCUUGCAAGCUUUGCCAAAUUUCUUUGCUUUUUUCCCCACUUUACUGAAGAAAAUCCAUAAAGUUCAUCCACCUCUCAUGGAAGAGGCUAUGGCGAACAACGAAUCGCCGGAACUGCCUGAGGAUAUCCUGAUGGACAUCUUUGCCCUGUUGGAGAUCCCUGACCUGGUGCGCGUGGGCUCUGUAUGCUCCUCGUGGCGCGCCGCGUACAUCAGCCUACAUAGCUCUGGGAGGUACAGGCGGCCGCAGACACCGUGCCUCCUCUACACCUCUCAAGCUGAUGGUGACAACGUUGCCUGCCUCUACAGCCUUUCAGAGAAGAGAGUCUACAAGUUAACACUCCCGGAGCCACCCAUCCGCAGUAGGUAUAUUAUUGGAUCCUCCCAGGGCUGGGUGGUUACUGCCGAUGAGAGGUCUGAGUUGCACCUCGUCAAUCCGAUCACUGGUGAGCAGAUCGCCCUCCCGUCCGUGACCACCAUCGAGCAGGUGAAGCCCAUCUAUGACGAUGCAGGUGUGAUUCAGCAGUAUGAGUUGUUACAAUACUAUGGAGAAGAGGUUAUUGCAGACCCAUCAAUCCAUGCUCUCGACAAUCUGCGUGACAAACUUUACACCAAGGCUUUUGUGUUUUCUGAUUCCUCCACUGGAAGCUACAUUGUGGUCCUAAUCCACAAUCCUAUUUAUCAGCUUUCAUUUGCAAGGGCAGGAGAUUCUAAAUGGACCUGGCUGCCGCCAAGUGCGAACUAUGAUGAUUGCAUCUAUAUGGAUGGCCUAUUGUAUGCAGUAACAUCUACCUGUGGGAUCGAUGCUUUUGAUCUUACUGGCCCUACUAUCGUAAGGAAGGUGGUUAUGGAUGACAUGAAGAACUAUAUUUAUGAACACUUGUACAUGGCUCAGAGACCAUCAGGCGAUGUUCUGCUAGUCUGGAGGGAACAAAUAGUCACAAUUGGGAAUGAUGAGGGUGACGAUGCUCCGGAGCGUGACCCUAAUUCGGAUAUCAUAGCGGAGACUAGGAAAAUCAUGUUAUAUAAAGUCAACAUGGCAGCAAAAGAGCUUGUGGAAAUUAAUGGCUUGCAUGACCAUGUGUUGUUUCUUGGGCAUAGCCAGUCACUGUGUCUAGGUGCUAAAGAAUAUCCACAAUUGAAGGCAAAUCAUGUCUACUUGACUGAUGAUAUACAAGGUAUUGCACUGUGGAAGAGUAGUAGCCGUGAUAUAGGUGUUCGUAACUUGGAAGAUAACAGCUUCGAAGAAAUCGUGUCUCCUCAGAGUUGGUGCAGCUGGCCAGCUCCCAUAUGGAUAACACCCAAUCUUACAAAGAUGAGCUCGGGAUUGAAUGAAUAGGUAUCUGUACUAUAAUUAUGUAGUUGUUUCCUGGGAUGUGGUGUCUUUUGUUCAAAUAUAAUUGUAUGCCUGUGAUCAACAGAAUGAAAUGGGAACAAAACGUUGUCCCAUUAUGAUUCAAUUACUGUAUGUUGAGUUUAUUGAAGGAUAUUUCUUGUUUCAAAAAUCUGAAUUUCCAUA